GGCAUGCGCACACAUAACCGGCCUCUAUUGCCACGUUUACCCACUGACAGAAGACCUAUUGCAGGAUCUCUCCCCGAAAACUGGGUGACUUUUCAUCAUGUUUUUCAAAAUUUUAUCAUUGUGUUUGUUAAGUUCUUUAGUGUUAGCAGUUGAGAUAAAAGAAGAUGGUGGAGUGCUCGUAUUAACAACGGAAAACUUUGAUCAAGCUAUCGCAGAUAACGAACAUAUUCUUGUUGAAUUCUAUGCACCUUGGUGUGGUCACUGCAAAGCUUUGGAACCAGAAUUUGUUAAAGCUGCUACAGCUUUGAAGGACUCUGAGUCAUCCAUCAAACUUGGCAAAGUUGACGCCACUAUUGAAAGCAGCUUAGGAGAGAAAUUUGGAGUUAAAGGUUAUCCAACAUUGAAGUUUUUCUCAGGUGGUCAACCCAGUGAAUACCAAGGUGGCAGACAGGCCCCAGAAAUUGUUAACUGGUUGAAAAAGAAGACUGGUCCACCAUGUACAACCCUUGAUGAUGUUGCUGCUGCUAAGAAAUUUGCUGAAUCUGAUGAUGUAGUUGUUAUUGGAUUCUUCAAGGAUCUGGAAUCUGCUGAAGCCAAGGCCUAUGAAAAAGCAGCCAAGGGUAUUGAUGAUGUUCCUCUUGGAAUCACGUCCAAUGCUGAUGUCUUCGCUGAAUACAAGAAGGAAAGUGAUGGAGUUGUCUUACUUAAGAAGUUUGAUGAAGGUCGGAAUGACCUUGAAGGGGAAGUUACUGUUGAAGCAGUCAAAACAUUUGUUAGUGGCAACCGUCUCCCAUUGGUUGUGGAAUUCACACAGGAGAGCGCACAAAAAAUAUUUGGAGGAGAAAUCAAGAAUCACAUUCUUCUGUUUAUCAAAAAAUCUGCAGACAAUUUUAAGGACACAAUGGAUGGGUUCAAAGCAUCUGCAAAGGGAUUCAAAGGAAAGGUACUUUUCAUCUACCUUGAUAUCGGAGAUGAAGAAAACAGUAGAAUCCUUGAAUUCUUUGGACUGAAGCCUGAAGAAUGCCCAUCUGUUCGUCUUAUCAACCUUGGAGAAGACAUGAGCAAAUUUAAGCCAGAAAGUGAUGAUCUUGGCACAGAAGCAAUCACUAAAUUUGUACAGUCAUUUUUGGACGGUACUCUGAAACCCCAUCUUAUGUCUGAGGAUGUGCCCAGUGACUGGGAUAAGGAAGAAGUUAAAGUCCUUGUAGGAAAGAAUUUUGAUGAAGUAGCCCGAGACAAAUCCAAGGAUGUAUUUGUUGAGUUUUACGCUCCUUGGUGCGGACAUUGCAAGCAGCUGGUUCCCAUUUGGAAUGAACUCGGAGAAAAAUUCAAGGAUAAUGCCGAUGUUGUUGUAGCUAAGAUGGAUUCCACAGCAAACGAGAUCUCUGAUGUUAAAGUCCAGAGCUUCCCCACUCUUAAAUACUUCCCUAAAAACAGUGAAGAGAUAAUUGACUACAAUGGUGAAAGAACAUUAGAAGCCCUGACCAAGUUUUUGGAGAGUGGUGGAAAGGAAGGCAAUGGUGAAGCAGAAGAUGCUGGAGACGAUGAUGAGGAUGAGGAGGAGGAGGAGGAGGAAGAAGAGGAUGAUGCCGAAGUACCCAGGGACGAGUUGUAAAUCAUCAUUUAAAUACAUUACAUUAAUGUCUUAUGUGAAACCUCAAUUUGUUUUCCAUCAUAAAUAUCCAGGUACCUUUAAAUUAUUAUUUUUGUUGUAGGCACUUGGGUUGACAUAUUUUUACUAAGCCUCAAUAAAGCUGAUCAUUAGUAUCUCGACAGGGAGGGGGGGGUUACCAGGUGGGGAGAAAUGGUAUUCAAAGAAGAGGACGUUAACUAUUAUUUUACAUGAAGAUUUGUUACAAUUUGUGGGGUUUUUUUCUUUUUAAAAAGAAGGUGAACAGAGUUAUCUUCAGAAAGGGGAGAGAUCACUCCAGUACUCUUCAAUUUUUAAUUGAAAUCGUUUCUUUUCCAUCUUCAAUAUGUGAAGUUGUAGGGGGAAAGGUUGAGUGUGUGUGAACGUGGAUAUGCAUGUGUUAUGAAAAGAGCAGCGAGAUGUGUACAGUUUCAGACUAUACAAAAUUCCAUUUGAGUGUUGAAUACUAGUUUUGCAUUGAUUGUUUGUGAUGAACUGAUGGUGUGUGAUGGUGCAAACUUACAAAUGUGCUUUAAAUUUAAACUUGUGCGAGACGUAUGUUGCCAACAGACUUUCUUAGACCUCAAAAUAACUACUAGAUAUAUUUAUGAACUUGGCAAGGAUUAGUUAUCUUGCUUUGUUGAGUGUAUUAACAAAAGUAGCCAUACACUUUUUUUAUAAACAAGGUACUCAAACAAGAAUGAAAAAUAAAAGAAACAUCUCGAA